CAUUCACUUCCUGCCGCCAUGUCUGUGCAGAUAUCAUCUCCCAAGGCCCCGCGCUCAUCCCAUCACCGCCGUUCCUCAUCCACCCGCUCAUCUCCCCGGCAAAACCGUGUCAGGUCAUACCCCAGCCCUCGCAGUCCCACAACUCCACCGGAAUCCGAGUUUGUGGCUGCAUCGCCAUUUCGAGCGACGGACAAUUAUGCUGGACCAUCUACCCCCGGGUUUGUCCCAGAGAAUCUUCAUGUCGCUGACGAAACCUUCGACAUCGAUCCGACAACGGGAGUGUUGGAUGCUGCUGGGGAGACAUACCAACCUCCAAUACCGCCUGCUGGACGAAACAGGUUCGUUGGUGGAUUUGUGGGCGGUAUUAAAAAGGCAUGGUGGCAACGUGGAAGACCGCCCGCAGACCUCGAAGAGUCCGUUCCGUACCCGGAACCGGCCAUCAUCCAUGACGGAGAAACUCAGUACGAAGCAUUGUCGCCUGAAGAACGUUAUGGCCAUGAAGCGCAUACGCCCUACCCAGAACAACAAUACCUUGAGGAUAUCCAUGAAGAAACCGUUGAAGACCACCGUCCAAGUCACGAACGGAAGGAGUCCUCGACAUCGACUGACACGAUGCACCAGAACUACGAGGGCACUACCAUUGUCAACCACGAGCCUUUCCAAAACCAAUACGGUAGUCCGCAGUUCUAUGAACCUCAACCUGGCCCCGACUACGCCAAAAUAUCGCCUCCACGAUCCGAAGCCUCUUUGGGAUCGUAUAUUGCCCGAGUUCAACGAUUCAUCAAAGCCAUUAAUGACCUCCCUUGGAUUUCCUCCGACCGUGUCACUGUGGACUACAUUCCUCGUGGAGCCCGUGAGCAGAUGGCAUUGGAAUCAGCAAUGGGGAGCUCUAUCGGCUCCCCACGUCCUCGACCCAGGUCACGUGUUGGCAGACGGACAACAGUCUCAUGGUAUAACUCAAAUCAGCCGCCAGGAUCGGUCGAUUUGCUCGCUGGCAGCACUCCCCUUGAUGAAUUCGGGCAGCCAAUAAUGCCCAAGGAAAUCCCACUCAGUUUCGCGCCGCAGUCGCCUGCAACACAAUAUCCUUACACCUCUCCUGGCGCAGGCUUGGUAUAUGGGAAUAACUCGCCGAUACCCGUACCACAAAGCCCUCAACGAUCCCCUCCACCAAUGGCGGGUGCGUUAGGCCCAAACACACCUAAAGGAACGCCCAGACGAGUUCCUCCGCCAAGAUACGACCCAGACAUUGACGGGCCCCCGGGAUCAGGGACUUAUCGACUACCUGGCUCACCACGUUAUGCCAUGGGUGGUUAUGUGCCCUAUGAGCAACUUGGGCCGGGGCAAGCCUACACGGCGUCAACGAUCAGCUCUGUGUCGCCAAGUACAAGGGGUUAA